AGAACAUCAACUCUUUUUGGACUGGGGUAGAGAAGUGAGAGCUAGAAAGCAGACAUUCUGCCUGAGGGAGCACUGAAGCGAAGGAUGUGCUGGUGGCCACUCCCUGCUCUGACUUGAGCCUCCCAGAUCUGGUGAGGAUCAUCCACAGCCACUAAAGGAGACAGAGCAUAUUCGGGCCAGGCCAUUCUCUGCCCCAUCAUGAUCCUGGCUGUGCUGCUUCUCCUCCAUGUCUUGCUGAUCCCAGUGGCUGCCUUUCCAAGAAACGUCCACAGUGGUGCUCUGAUCUCCCAGUCAUCUGGUGUGGACCACGAGCCUCCACCAAGCGUGCCCUCCAGCCAGAUCCCUCCCCCAGGUCCCAGGACCUGCCAGGAACUCGUGUACCUGUUCCUUAGCCCCUCCUUAGAUCCUCUCCCCAAGUACCUAUCCCAGUUAAUGCUGAAGGUGGCCCUAGAAAAUGUUGAUUGCCUACCAGAAUUCCACAACCUGCAGCAGCAUUUCCUGAGGAUGAGAGGAAAGAAUAUCACCGAGAUGCUCAUCCAGGCGGUUCAAGAGCGCAGUGAAGAAGGGAUUAGUGACCUUGGGAUGAUGCUGAUGGACAUGGGGGGCUCCCCAGGGGGGCUGAGGCGGACCCAGCGCUCAGUCAGCCUCCCAGAGGCGUGCAACUCCCCACAGGGGCGGGUGCUCCAUGAGACGACAGUGCUGAUAGCAGAAUACGCCGAGAAGCUCCCUUCCUCCAAGCUGGCGACAGAGCUGAAGGCUGCUGCCCUCAGUGUCUCUCAGAAUUGCACACAGGAGUCUUGGAAGCAGUUGGAAGAUGUGGCCACGCAGGUGAUGAAAAGCCCUGAAAUGAGAAACUUCACAAUGUCUAUAGAAGAUCAGAAAUACUUCAUCAUCCGUAUGAUACCCAUUGUGAUACAUAUUACAGGGCAGAUAGUACAUGCAGUUUUCAACUAUUUUUGGACAUGGUUGGACUAGACAUCACAUUUACUUUCUCAACUGACUCUGCUAGGUCUGUGUGCAGGGCCUGGGCACCACAGGUGGUUAGAAAUGUUGGGGAAAGCUUAGGACAGGUUUGAUCCAAGUGCUGAAACAUGUAGGCUACUGAAAAGCUUUGUUCCUCUUGUUGUGCUCCUGGGCCCUAGUUCUUCCCAAGUGUCUCUUCUUUCCAGUUGUUAAAUACUGUGGAUUUAGUGGGCGCUGACUACGCAGUCUGCUGUAAUCCUCAUCCUCCUCCUCUGCCUUAUACUUUGUAGUUCUCCCACCACCACGUGCUAUAUAACUGGUGUAUGUGGACCUUUGUAACUGCACAGAGAAAUAAACAGCUGCUACUACAUGUAGCAGGAUC